GUUACAGAAAUCAACUUUCGACGAUGAGGAGGUUAAACGGUGUAUUUAUUUGUCUCAUUUUAUUUAUUACAAAGAUUUCGUAUGCAAAAGAUAAAGGAGCAAAUGGUGAUAUGGUUAACAUUGUGGCAUUUGGAGAAGGAAGAUGUUCUGAUACUUCAUAUUGGAUGAAAUGGCAUUGGCUUCCAAUGUGGAGAAUGUUAGGUUCAACAGGACGAAUAAAUUUUGAUUAUCAUCCAUAUGGAAUCAAAACAACCUGUGUAGACUCUGAAAGUGCUGAUGACGUUGUAUGUGAUUGCCAUCACGGAAAUCGAGAAUGUCUUCUAAAUCAAUUACAAGCAUGUGUCAUAGAGGCACUUCCAAAUUUUGAAGAUUAUAUGGAAGUUGUGACGUGUAUCCAAGGAAAACAAAAUAUAAGUAUGGCUGCAGAAGUUUGUUUUGAAGGACCAACGAAGCUUGAUAGAACAAAAAUGAUGGAAUGUGCCGAAAGUCGUCAUGGCCGAAAACUAUUCAGCGAUCAAGAAAAUAUUGUUGCUCAAAUGGCACCAGAGAUGGAUUGGGCUCCAUGGAUUUUAAUCAAUGGAACUCGAUACAAAGAAGCCGAGGAAGAUUUGUGGCAAUUCCUUUGUGAUCGAUUCAUCGAUCCUCGACCAAUUCAUUGUCCAAAGAAAAUCGUAUACUAGACAUUGAAAGUGCUUGUAAAUAAAGAUGUUUUCCAAUUAUCACGG